CUCAAGCGUUGCAGUCGCUUUCCAUGCGAACUUGAUUCCAAACUAUCUCCACUCCUUGGCCAAUUCAGCUGAAGUUUCGUGUAUAUUUAUUUUUUGGCCAACAUCUGCGUGUCUGCCAUAGAUUCGCGUGAAAGUGGUCCAAAUCAAUCAGUAAAAACUCAGGAUACAGCUGCAGCUAGUGCUGCAAUUAUCAUACACUAAUCAAAUAGUCACAGUCCCCAUUAUGUUUCUCACAAAGAGUUCAAGUGCGCGGCACUCGUUGCUGCUGCUUCUGUUGGCCUUUUGCUGCCUGAGCAGCGCCUUUGGUGCCAAGAUAACGAAGAAGGUCGAAAAAGCGUCGGAAAAGCCAGAGGUGGAGGCUGCUGCAUCGCCGAUCGAGGAGGAAAAUGACGAUGAAGAUGCUGGCGAGGAUGACGACGACGACGACGACGAGGAGGAGGCGGAGGAACCUGCGGUGGAUGCGGCUGACAAAGAAGCUGCAGUAGGGGCAUCGAGUAACAAGAACCCCAAUGCAGUGCAGGCAGCCCCGGAUCCCACAGAUCUCAGUGUCUGGGGCAUGGUUCGUACUCUGUGGGGCUGGCUUCGCAGCGAUCUGAGUGAAAGCCUAUUCGGCGAUGACGACGACGGGAAGCCCGAGUCCGGCAGCUCAGCUGUGGAAGGUCGUACCUUUGGCAAAAUCCGUCGUCUUCAAAUGGCCUUGAUACCCAUUAUCUUCAAGUUUGGCGUCCUUUCGGCGAUGGUUGCCUUUCUGGUCGCCAUUGGUAUGAAGUCUCUGUUCCUGCUCAAGGUCUUAGUGGUUAUGAAUGUUAUUGCUAUUCUGGGAAAGUUCAUUACCCUAAAGUCCAGUCUCUUUGGACAAUAUGAGAACACCGCGCCGUCCUUCAAUUACCCGGGCUGGAAUCCUCAUGCCAAGGAGUCGUGGGGCACUACUGGACUGAGUGGUCAUGGCGCUGGCCAUCCCCCCAGCAAGGAGAUUCACCUGCACAUCCACGGAAACGCCCAGACCCAGGCCCAGCUCGCCGGUCAGGGCUACCAGUAUGAGUCGCAGUCGGGUGGAUGGGCCAGUCGAUCGGAUCCCUAUGGAGCAUACGCACCCACGGGUCAGUUCACCGAUAGCCAGCCCGUGGGAGCAGUGGCUGGAGAAGUGCCCAACAAUACGGAUCCCAUGUCCCUGCUGCCCACGAAAUACCGGGCGAGACACCUCAUCCGCUGAGCAAGAGCUGUUCCACAUGAUGGGAGUUCCACAUGGAAGUCAACGACCACCGCGUUUAAUUAGCUAGCACACAAUUAGUCAGCGACUGUACGAAGACGCAGCUUUACGUACACCUAAAACUAUAGUUACGAACCUAGUGUUUAAUUAAAUUAUUUGCCCCAAGUAGCCCUAAAAUCAAUGAUAAUUUGUAAUAAAUAGUCGUAAUGCAUAAGA